AUGGUCCAAGAAUUGUCCAGGAACAUCCCAGAAUGGCAAAUUGCUGACCUCAGUUUACACGCUUAUUCACGCAUAUCAGUACCACUCUAUGAUACCCUCGGUAAUGAUAGUGUCGAAUAUGUCAUCAACCACAGUGAAAUCAAGCUUGUGUUCACUACUUCAUCACAUUUGCCUGGGCUCUAUAGGAUUCUCCAGAAGUGUCCAACUGUUAAGGCUGUUAUUGUCUUAGACGGCCUUGAUGAGCCAGGUGCACCUAAAUUUGAUGCACGCAUACCUGGACAGCUGAAUCGUGCUGAUGUACUUAAACGCUGGGCCGAUAAUCUCAAUGUCCAGGUGUACGAUCUUGUUGAAAACCAUGUUGGAUGGUUACUCGCUAGUUACUUACCACUCGCACAUAUUUUACAAAGGUCGCUUGAGUUUAUAGCUAUUGUCCUUAUGAGUCCUAUAGCAUAUACUACAGGUGAUAUUACACUUUUAAUGGAAGACUUACAAAUCAUGCAACCUGAAAUGAUGGUUACUGUUCCAAGAGUCCUUAACAGAAUAUACGCGGUCAUCAAACACCAAAUGGAUUUACCUGGUCUUAAAGGUUCACUUCUAAAACGUGGUAUUGCUACAAAGCUCGACAAACUACGUAAAACGGCUGAUCCUACACAUAUCUUCUGGGACAAGCUUGUUUUCAAUAAGAUCAGACAAGUGAUUGGCGGUAAAAUCAAGCUUAUUAUUACAGGAUCAGCACCAAUUAGUCCUGAAGUACUUGACACACUCAAAAUUAGCUUGUGUAUACCGAUAGUUGAAGGAUAUGGCUUGACUGAAGCAUCAAUUUGCGUAAGAACUCUCAAAGAUGAUCCGAGUGCAUCAGGUUCUGUUGGUCCAGUCGUACCUGGCUUUGAAAUCAAAUUAAUGGAUGUACCAGAAAUGAAUUACUACUCAAGUGAUCAACCAAGUCCACGAGGAGAAAUCUGCAUUAAAUCAGAAAGCUCAAUGAAAGAGUACUACAAAGAUGAAGAAAAGACAAGAGAAUCAUUCACUGAGGAUGGAUUCUUCUUAACUGGUGAUAUUGGUUCAUUUGACGACAAAGGUAGACUCAAGAUUAUCGACAGAAAGAAGAAUAUUGUGAAAUUAGCACAAGGUGAAUAUAUCGCAAUUGAGAAAUUGGAGGGAGCGUUCGCUUUAUGUCCAACAAUAUUGCAGAUUUACGUUCAUGCUGAUAGUCUCAGAUCAUAUCUCGUCGCUAUAGUUGUUCCAGAUCCAUUAGAGCUCGCUAAGAUUGCUCAUUGUGAUCCAUCAGAUCGUGUUUCACUUGACAAUGCGAUUAAAGAUAAAAAGAUCAAUGAUAUGAUCCUUUCAGAAAUUGAGGCAGCGUCUAACAAGGCAGGUUUGAAGGGAUUCGAACGCAUUAAGGCUAUUCAUUUAGUCAAUGACCAAUUCACAAUCGAUAAUGGCUUACUCACGCCUACACUUAAAGUCAAACGCAAUGUUGUGCGUGACUUUUACAAAUCUACGAUCGAUAACAUCUAUGAUAUGACCGACAAGGCUGCAACUAAACUUUGA